AUGAGUAUAGACAAUUCUCCAAGUACGAGCGUGCUCGAAAGUCAAACGCCAGAUCGCGUGGACGAAUCACUUCCGAUCCAAGCCGGGGAUGGUGAGAAGGAUGUCGUCCAGGAACGGAAUAUUACGGGCUUCCGCUGGUUGCUCGUCUGUAUCGCCGUGUUCUCAGCCAAUCUGCUCUAUGGUUUGGAUAAUACCAUUGUGGCCGAUAUCCAGGGUCCUAUUGCAGGUGACUUCGACGAGUAUACCCGGCUAGGUUGGCUCGGUGUGGGCUUCACCUUAGGAUCGGUAGUUUUCAUUCUCCCGCUGGGCAAGGCUUACGCUAUCUUCGACACAAAAUGGCUCUUCCUCGGUUGUUUGACCAUGUUUGCAGCCGGCAGUGCCCUCUGUGGUGCUGCCCCAAGUAUGAAUGCCAUCAUUGUUGGGCGUGUGUGGGCUGGAGCAGGUGGAGCGGGCAUGUACCUGGGAAAUCUGAACCUGAUUACCAUCCUGACGACUCCCACGGAGCAGCCCGUGUAUGUGGGUCUGGUUGGAUUGAUCUACGGCACUGGUUGUAUUCUGGGCCCUAUCAUUGGUGGUGCCUUUUCGGAUAGUGCAGCCACAUGGAGAUGGUCAUUCUAUCUCAACCUGGUCAUCUUUGGAGUCAUGUCACCAAUCUAUGUAUUCCUUCUUCCCUCUUUGCCGCGCCCAGCAGGCGAAGGCCGCAGCUUCUUCAAGAAGCUUGUGGAGCUGGACUGGGUGGGCACAGUCCUGUCCGCCGGAAUGCACAUCGCCAUUAUCUUGUUCAUCGUAUUUGGCGGUGUCGAAUGGUCCUGGACUGAUGGGCGGAAUAUCGCUCUGUACGUGGUCUCCGCUGUCUGCACCAUUGCCUUCGUGCUCAGCCAGUACUUCUGCGUGGGAACCGACAAGGAAAACCGAUUGUUCCCAGGCGAGUUCUUGCGGAACCCCACCAUGAUCCUCCUCUAUGUCAUCAUGGCCUGUGGAGGUGCCGCCCUCUUUGUGGCAGUCUACUACAUCCCACUAUACUUCCAAUUCGUGCAUGGUGACUCCGGCAUCAUGUCCGCAGUUCGGUUGUUGCCGUUCGUGUGCUUCUACGUGGCUACUAUUCUGCUGUGUGGAUAUGUCAUGCCUAAGACCGGCUUCUUCAUUCUCUGGUACCUCGUGAGCGGUAUCUUCAUGCUCAUUGGAUCCGUGUUGAUGUACACUGUGAAAUUGGAUACCAAGCCCGCCAACGUCUACGGUUACUCCAUCCUGAUGGGACUGGGCAUGACCACCACACAGGCUGCCUACGCAGUGGGACCGACCAUUGUAACUCCCGACCGUGUGGCUGAGUGCCUCCAGUUCAUGAAUAUCGGCCAGGGUCAGAGUCAACUGUUGGGCUUGGCCAUCGCAAGUGCCAUUUUCCAGACCAAGACCCUCAGCGGGCUGACUUCCCUGUUGGGCGAUAAGGGUUAUUCGCAAGCGGAGAUUCAAGGUGCCGUCGCCGGUGCCCAGAGUACCCUAAUGGAGCGGCUGCCCGAAGCCUUGAGGGAGCAAGCCCUGAAGGUGAUUGUGAGUUCGAUCGGUGAUGUCUACGUGAUGGCGAUAUCGGCGGGAGCCCUGUACGUGCUUGCAUCCUGCUUGCUGCCUCGCCGUCGUUUCUAG